UGACUAUCAUGAAUAAAAAAAUUUAAAAAAAAAAAAAAAAAAAAAGUGGAAACCAUUUUCAUCAACAAAGAAACCAGUUAAGCAAGCUACAGUACAUAGCUGUAACAGAAAGACUUAUCACCACUUAAAAUGCUUGUAGAAAGUUUUGGGUGACAUGGAAGGAAUAUUUAUGAUAAAAGAAAAAACAGUAAAAACAACAAAAAAGGAGAUAUGAAGUCUCAACUAGCUUUUAGGAAAUGCAUGGAAAUAUAACUAAAAAGAAAUGCGCUAUAAUAUUAACAACAGGUAGUAGGAUUUUGAGUGAUCUUACUUUGCUGAUUUUAGGUACUUUAUACUUUUCUAGUACAAGGAAAUAAAAGGGAAAAUACAGAAAGCUUAACAUAAGAUGUAGAACCGUAGCCUACAUACCGACAUACUUGAAAAGACAAUAUAGUACAUUGAACUGAAUAAAAAUUCUGAUAUACCCUAGAGGAAGGACCUCGAUGAGAAAAUGAGUCAAGACUUAGCCAGCACUGCCAGGGAGGACUGAGGCCUCUAUGACAUUCAAUAUUAAAAUCAUCCAUUCAUUUUCUCCCAUACUUGGUUCAAUUCCAUAUUUUCUAAGCAAAACUGGUUUUAACUGUGUUUCUCACAUGUUCUGAUAGAAUGUACUGGUAACACCAACAUGCUCCUUAUGUCAUUUCAGUUUAUACAUCAGUCUCCUGUGAGGUUAGUUGGUGUGAGUUAGUUCUGGGCCAAUCAGUCAAUUCUUGGUGCCCUGCUGAGACCACAUUUCUGGAGGGCAAAGCGGAGGACUGGCUGUUGAGGCUUUCUAAGAGGAACACUUUUUAUUCUCAGGAAGACGGCAUGGGAGGAGGGGGUUCCAGACCUGCCCCCGACGAUGGUAAGUCCAGGACAGAAACCGUUACCAGCCUCACUGCUAAGGCAACAUGGACUGGAUUAACCAGCCGACCGAGCCCCAGCCGGAGCCCCAGCCCGAGCCCCAGCCCGAGCCCCAGCCCGAGCCCCGCGGUCGCGACGGUCGCCGCCGCCUCCACCGCGCCGCAGCACCCGGCCAUCCAGCACUUGGCCUUCGCCUUUCUUGCUGGGGUCCUGCUGACGCUGCUUCUGCUGGCCCUCGUCUUCUUCAUUGUAAAAUGCUGCAGGAAAUGUCACUCCAGUCCCUGGGCCCUGGAUCCUCCCUUAGACCCUCACUCCGGCCAUGAUCCUCCAGCCAAGCUCUCAUCCCCGGAGGGAGCACUUACCUAUGCUAAAGUAACUUUCAAAAUCUCAGAAGAAACGAACAAUCACCUGACUGAGAAACAUUCUGCGAACUUGGACCCCGUUGUCUAUGCUCAAGUCAAAGUGACAGACUCUCCCUACCUUUCCAAUGAGGCCUGAUAUCAGUCCCUCUUCUUCUCAGCUCCAUCUUUACACAUCACUUUCCCUUUGGACAAACUCCAGACCACGGCCUGGCCAAACUCCAGAUGGAGCUGUUUGUGUGAUCUGGAAACAUUAGCCAGCAGUUUUGAAGACCAAGGGUCAGUCUUUCUCUUGGCCUAAGAGGAGGCUACUGGCCCUCCCGUUUUGACCGGCAGCCUGUAAUUCCUUUGAGAACUGAGACUGCUCCCUUGUCCCCUUCCAAAGUGUGUGGUACCGAGCUCAGCACACACAAAGUGUUCGCUCAGUGCCACUGACCAACUUGGGGGAAGUCAGCCAAAUGGGCAAGUUAGCAAGAAUUACAAAUAAAAGCAAACCCUCUGCAA